AUGAAAGUUACGAUUGGCGGUCAACAUAAGCCAAUGUUCCUCAUUUAUUUCAAAGGUACCCUAGGAAAAACCUUUCCAAUCUCGAAUGCAAAACAUAUCGCUCUCUCGGACGAAAGCUGCGGUCGAUGGAUAGCCUACUCAGACGAGAAAGACCCCAUACUUCGACCGUCCGACUGUUACAAGAGAAGAUGGCUGGAGGGUAGGCAGAAAAAUGCCUGCAAGAAAAACUUCGACAUGGUUGAGUCCAUUAAAAUCGGCGCCAGGCAAUCCAUUGACCAGUGCCAGAAGCAGUUUGUUGGCAGACGUUGGAAUUGUUCCGUGGUCAAGAAAGGAAAUGUUUUUGGCAAGAUUCUUAAUUUCGGUACCAGAGAAUCAGCUUUCGUUCACGCUCUAUCAGCGGCUGGCCUAGCCUACUCUGUCACAAAAACAUGUAGCUCCGGACAGCUGGAUCGGUGUGGCUGUGACAACAGCAACCACAGAAAGUUCGACCACCAGCUGCAGAGUGUCGUGCGUAGGACGCAAUACAACAGGCAACAACACCAACGGUUUAAACAUCCGCACAGCCAGCAGCAACAACAACAACACCACCAACUGCAACAACAACAACAACUACGUCCACAUACACAACAACAACCACAACUACAUCAGCAACAAAACUAUCAAAAACGCGUUGUAGACAUUCAGUGGUCAGGCUGCUCGGACAAUGCAGACUUCGGCACGGCCAUUUCUCGCUUGUUUGUGAAUGGUCGCGAGAAUAUAACGGGGCGAAAUCCUAUGCGAGCACUCAUCAACCUACACAACAAUAAUGCCGGUUUAAAGGUCAACUAG